AUGUUAAAAGAUGACAUAAAACGCCGAAAUGAAGAUCAAUCGAAUUCAUCCAUCAAUAACUAUCCGAUUGUUGAAGGCCUAGAUUCGGAUGAUUGGAUUUUAAUUGACUCUGGAAAUAUUUUUGUACACCUAUUCACUCCUGAAGAAAGAGAAUAUCGUAAUCUAGAAGGGUUAUGGGAAAAUGUUGUUAUAUCAUCGCCUGAAGAAAGAAUGCGUCGAAUUGCUAAAAAUAUGGAACGAGAAUUUAAGGAUCACAAUCCAAAGUUUAUCAAACGUCCUCCUUUACUUAAUAGUGCUGAUUAA